AUGUUUUCCUCUCUAGGUGGGGACCAGGGGGUGUUGAAUGGCUACUUCAGUAACUGGGCAACAACAGAUAUAUCCAAACACCUCCCCUUCAUCUACAACCUCAGCAGCAUCGCAAUCUACACCUACCUUCCGGCAUUCAAACAGUACGUACUCAAUCUACACCUACCUUCCAGCAUUCAAACAGUAUGUACUCAAUCUACACCACCUUCCAGCAUUCAAACAGUACGUACUCAAUCUACACUACCUUCCAGCAUUCAAACAGUAUGUACUCAAUCUACACCUACCUUCCAGCAUUCAAACAGUACGUACUCAAUCUACACCUACCUUCCAGCAUUCAAACAGUACGUACUCAAUCUACACCUACCUUCCAGCAUUCAAACAGUAUGUACUCAAUCUACACCUACCUUCCAGCAUUCAAACAGUAUGUACUCAAUCUACACCUACCUUCCAGCAUUCAAACAGUACGUACUCAAUCUACACCUACCUUCCAGCAUUCAAACAGUAUGUACUCAAUCUACACCUACCUUCCAGCAUUCAAACAGUACGUACUCAAUCUACACCUACCUUCCAGCAUUCAAACAGUAUGUACUCAAUCUACACCUACCUUCCAGCAUUCAAACAGUAUGUACUCAAUCUACACCUACCUUCCAGCAUUCAAACAGUAUGUACUCAAUCUACACCUACCUUCCAGCAUUCAAACAGUAUGUACUCAAUCUACACCUACCUUCCAGCAUUCAAAAAGUAUGUACUCAAUCUACACCACCUUCCAGCAUUCAAACAGUAUGUACUCAAUCUACACCUACCUUCCAGCAUUCAAACAGUACGUACUCAAUCUACACCUACCUUCCAGCAUUCAAACAGUAUGUACUCAAUCUACACCUACCUUCCUGCAUUCAAACAGUAUGUACUCAAUCUACACCUACCUUCCAGCAUUCAAACAGUAUGUACUCAAUCUACACCUACCUUCCAGCAUUCAAACAGUACGUACUCAAUCUACACCACCUUCCUGCAUUCAAACAGUAUGUACUCAAUCUACACCUACCUUCCAGCAUUCAAACAGUACGUACUCAAUCUACACCACCUUCCUGCAUUCAAACAGUACGUACUCAAUCUACACCUACCUUCCUGCAUUCAAACAGUAUGUACUCAAUCUACACCUACCUUCCAGCAUUCAAACAGUAUGUACUCAAUCUACACCUACCUUCCUGCAUUCAAACAGUAUGUACUCAAUCUACACCUACCUUCCAGCAUUCAAACAGUAUGUACUCAAUCUACACCUACCUUCCAGCAUUCAAACAGUAUGUACUCAAUCUACACCUACCUUCCUGCAUUCAAACAGUAUGUACUCAAUCUACACCUACCUUCCGGCAUUCAAACAGUAUGUACUCAAUCUACACCUACCUUCCUGCAUACUCAUGAUAUUGAACUAUAUGUGUAGAUCACAAACAUGGCUACAUCAAGUUUAAUAUUUGAGAUGUUUUCUAGAAUUCCCUGAUUGCUUAACAUUAGGUGGGAUGAAGAUCAGCAGUGACUCAACAGUAGACUGGCUGUGAGAGAACGGGAGGCGUAAGGCGAUAGUCACAUGCUAUGUCAUCAGGUUACCAGUGAUGGGAGCUUUAACGAGGCAGCAGCAGUAGUUAGUCUAGAAGCUUCUCCCAGCCCCUCUAGGGAGCUUUAACGAGGCAGCAGCAGUAGUUAGUCUAGAAGCUUCUCCCAGCCCCUGUAGGGAGCUUUAACGAGGCAGCAGCAGUAGUUAGUCUAGAAGCUUCUCCCAGCCCCUGUAGGGAGCUUUAACGAGGCAGCAGCAGUAGUUAGUCUAGAAGCUUCUCCCAGCCCCUGUAGGGAGCUUUAACGAGGCAGCAGCAGUAGUUAGUCUAGAAGCUUCUCCCAGCCCCUGUAGGGAGCUUUAACGAGGCAGCAGCAGUAGUUAGUCUAGAAGCUUCUCCCAGCCCCUCUAGGGAGCUUUAACGAGGCAGCAGCAGUAGUUAGUCUAGAAGCUUCUCCCAGCCCCUGUAGGGAGCUUUAACGAGGCAGCAGCAGUAGUUAGUCUAGAAGCUUCUCCCAGCCCCUCUAGGGAGCUUUAACGAGGCAGUAGUUAGUCUAGAAGCUUCUCCCAGCCCCUCUAGGUCCCAAGGCCUCGUUGGAUUGGAUAUCAAGCCGGCGCUCCACAGCUGAGACCAGAGGCCAAAAUAAAGCUGUUUAUUUACAGCCCUUUAUGCCUCCGCUGGGCAGUGACUAAUCUCUCCCACUUUCUCUCUCUUCCCUUCACCCCCCCCCCCGCUCUUUUUCUCACCCUCUCUGGCAUUUAUUUUUUGUUCUGGCGAAAUCAGCCGUCAUUAACAAACUGUUAGCUCGGUGGUUAACGUGGGUUCAUGUCUUCCCCCUGGCAACGGUAUCAGAAUGACGGAACAACAUGUAUUUACUUGCUACUACUGCUCAGAAUGACUAGAGCUCCCUGUCCUGCUUCGAGUGCCAGUCACUCACACUGUUGAUUGGGUGUGGAAAGGACAGUAGUCAGUCACACUGUUGAUUGGGUGUGGAAAGGACAGUAGUCAGUCACACUGUUGAUUGGGUGUGGAAAAGACAGUACAGUCAGUCACACUGUUGAUUGGGUGUGGAAAGGACAGUAGUCAGUCACACUGUUGAUUGGGUGUGGAAAAGACAGUAGUCAGUCACACUGUUGAUUGGGUGUGGAAAAGACAGUAGUCAGUCACACUGUUGAUUGGGUGUGUAAAGGACAGGACAGUCAGUCACACUGUUGAUUGGGUGUGGAAAAGACAGUAGUCAGUCACACUGUUGAUUGGGUGUGGAAAAGACAGUACUGUCGGUCACACUGUUGAUUGGGUGUGUAAAGGACAGUACAGAGAGGUUUUGGAAUAGACUGGUGACUCUUGGAAUCUUAUUACUGCUGAUUUAAAUGAUAUUGUAUCCUGUAUAAUUUAAUCACACUUAUUUAUUACCCAAUUUGCCCCCAGUAUUGCAGAUAUACUGGCCAAAAGCCAGUCAAACAUGUCAAUCCACAGCAUUCACAACAAUCGUUAACUACAAGAUUAGUUGGAUUCGCAACAAGAUGUAAGUUAACAUACAUUCUGUUCCAGAUACGGUGGCAACGCCAAGGUGGUCCACUUCCUGGGUCAGACCAAGCCGUGGAGCUACACGUUCGACCCCGAGACCAAGCGGAUCAGUGGGGACAUGCAGGAGGCCUCCACACACCCCACCUUCCUCCUGGACUGGUGGAUGCUCUACUCUUCCUCUGUGGUGCCCAUGAUGACGGAGGGAUACGGAGACCAGCCCUUCCACUCUGGCUGUGUGGAAGUGAGUCUAGAAGUAUUAACCUUUGUUCUUCCUCUACAGAACCGUUAUCAACAACUUGAACAGUUUGAAUUAUUAAGUGUUUACUUGGAUGUUUCUUGUUGGUGAGUAAAAGUAAUGUUGGACCACCGCACAUCCUGAAUUAAUUAAUACCUAAACAAUAGAAAUUAUGAUUAGUCAAUUUGUAAAAUGUAGUGAUACUUCAGUCCUGGUGGCUGUUGAGACGUCUAACCCUCUCAUUCGUCUACCUGGUGGCUGUUGAGACGUCUAACCCUCUCAUUCGUCCAUCUGAUAAAGUUCCAGUCCUCGGUCAAAGAAAGUCGUAACCAUCAUGGUCACUGGCAUGAGCUAUGGUCACAGAUCUAUGGUCACAGAUCUAUGGUCACAGAUCUAUGGUCACAGAUCUAGGAAGGUGGAUGGAAGGUACGCUGAAGACUAGUCGGUUGUGAUUGCUUAACAGACAACACCUUGUCGCUGGUCACUAACUAUCGCUGCUUCUUGUGGACAAUCUGUUGGACAACAAACCUGGCUUAGCUUCUAGACCUAUAAUACUAUAGGGGUAGGGGGUAGUUCGCUGACGAUCUACACUGAACAAAAAUUAUAAAGGCAACAUGUAAAGUGUUGGUCCCAUGUUUUAUGAGCUGAAAUAAAAGAUCCCAGAAGUGUGCCUUACGCACAAAAAGCUUAUUUGUGGCCAAAUUUGUUUACAGCCCUGUUAGUGAGCAUUUCUCCUUUGCCAAGGAACACAAUUGGCAUAUCAAGAAGCUGAUUAAACUGCAUGAUCAUUACACAGGUGCAGUUUUGUCACAGCACAAUGCCACAGAUGUCUCAAGUUUCGAGGGAGCGUGCAAUUGGCAUGCUGACUGCAGGAAUGUCCACCAGAGCUGUUGCCAGAGAAUUGAAUGUUCAUUUCUCUACCAUAAGCCGCCUCCAACGUUGUUUUAGAGAAUUUGGCAGUAUGUCCAACCGACCUCUCAACUGCAGACCACGUGUACGGCGUCAUGCGGUUUGCCAAUGCCAACGUUGUGAACAGAGUGCCCCAUGGUGGGGUUAUGGUAUGGGCAGGCAUAAGCUACGGAAAAUGAACACAAUAUGCGUUUUAUCGAUGGCAAUUUGAAUGCUCAGAGAUACCGUGUCAAGAUCCUGAGGCCCAUUCAUCCGCUGCAAUCACCUCAUGUUUCACCAUGAUAAUGCAUGGCCCCAUGUCGCAAGGAUCUGUACACAAUUCCUGGAAGCUGAAAAUGUCCCAGUUCUUCCAUGGCCUGCAUUCUCACCAGACAUGUCACUUAUUGAGCAUGUUUGGGAUGCUCAAGAUCGAUGUGUACGACAGCGUGUUCCAGUUCUCGCCAAUAUCCAGAAACAUCGCUCAGCUAUUUUAAGUGGGACAACAUUCCACAGGCCACAAUCAACAGCCUGAUCAACUCUAUGUGAAGGAGAUGUGUCGCGCUGCAUGAGGCAAAUGGUGGUCACACCAGAUACUGACUGGUUUUCUGAUCCAUGCACCUACAAUUUUUUUUCUAAGGUAUCUGUGACCAACAGAUUCAUAUCUGUAUUCCCAGUUAUGUGAAAUACAUAGAUUUCCUUAAAUGAUCUGUAACUCAGUAAAAUCUUUGAAAUUGUUGCAUGUUGAGUUUAUCUUUGUUCAGUAUAGAUCGAUUGAUGGUUUAUAUCAAUGUGUUAAUAUGAAUGACAGGUUUUAGGUUUUAGAUAAUUGUGUACUGCUGUACUGACUGCAAAGGAACAGGUGUUUCUCCAGAGCUUUUAGUCUUUUUCCAGAAUUCAUCAAAUCUCUCCGUUCUAGAUGUUAAUAUUCUUGUUUUGUUUCUUCUCCCCUCCAGGGAAGCAGCGCGUCACAGGACCCCCAUCACACUGAGCCGUACGUGUCACCAGAGGCAUCCGAGGAACGCAAGCAGAAAUGGGAACAGGGCCAGGCGGACUACAUGGGAAUGGACUCGUUUGACAAUAUCCAGAAAAAGCUUGACGCUUUUCUCAAAUAG